AUGGCCUCAACUGCUCCCGCGCCGUACUGCAUGCCCCUGCAGGACUUUCUCAGGGCCUCGCACUUCGCGCUGGGGCCCGACCUGCGGCUGCAACUGGGCGCCAUGUACUCCACGUCGCGCCGGGACUUCCAGGGCCACCCGGAGGCCUCCUCCACGCGGCCGAGCCCCCAGCCGCCGCGCGCGCCCCUCUUCCCGUCCUACCCGCGCUGGGCGCUCGGGGAGCCCGUGUCCGAGUCGCACCGCAUGUUCUUUCCGCUGCAGCCCGGGUUCCCGCCGUUGGGCGAAGUGGUGCGGGAACGCAAGCUGGCCAUGCAGGUCUCCAACCUGCGCAUGCACGCGGACGCGCGCGCCCGGGUGGGCGUCUCCAACGUGCGCGCCUCCUUUGGCUGGCCCGAGUUACCCGCACGGGUCAGCGAGCAGAUCCGCCAGGCGCGCCUCAUCUUUGCGGGCGACUCUGUGCCGCCCGGGGACCGCGCCAAGCUGGGGAUCCCGCUCACCACGCACCAGGAGUUCUUCCGGCCCCCUGCGGCCAGCGCGCAGCCCAGCGCUCCUUGCUGCCACCUGGGUGAGCGCACCUCGGUUCCCCAGCAGAGGGGAACCAAGUUCGGCCUCCCAGGGGUGUUCGACUGUGUUCCACACUGUGACCGGACCCCGCAGUCACACAUCCUGGAAGGCAACCAGCGCCCUGGCCCGGGCAGUCUCACCACUACCACACAGUUCUUCAUGGGCCAGCCACCGCCCCUGGGCCGGCCGGCUCACCGCCACUUGGACCAUGAGAAACUGCAGGACCAUGUGACUCUCCGGGAGAAGUCGCUGCUCGGACACUUCUUCCAGACCUCCAUGAGCACUGACUAUCCAGCCGUGGAGGUCCAGCGGCCUGUGAAGACUGUCAACCUACACCUGCUACCCAGUGCCCUGUUCAAGGACCGGGUUGAACCAAAUUUUGCAACCACGAACCGGAGGAUGCUCGUGCCGCACAGAGCAGACCAGGUCCACGCGACGGAGGAGCAGCUGCAACAGUGCAAGGACAGCCACAUCGAACCCCCCCUGGGUGGGCAGCGCUGCUUCUCCACUUCCUACAAGGAGCAGUUUCCCUCCAAGUACCAGGGCCCGGUGACGCUGACCAGGGGCUCCUCCCAGGAGAGUCACGUGUUCCUGAGCAUGCCUCUCCAGUCAGGCUGCCAGGCAAGGAAGGACCCUCGGGCCCCCCAGAUGCCCAUCUAUCCUUGCCCCAGCCAGCAAUAAAUGCUGCCUUGGCCACACCCCAGAUCGCUACAUGAUCCUCUCCAUCACCCCGUCAUUGAAGCAGGGGCUGAGGGGGACCGGGACUGCACAGGCAGGGAGGUCACCCCCGUUGGCAUGGGGAGGUCAGCCUAACCAGGGUUCAGAGGGAGGCCUCCUUGGAAGGUGGAAGAUGGCAAAGACCAGCCCCGCUGGGCAUAGGGAAGAAAAGCCACAAGCU